AAAUAUGAAUAGUUGAGAACUGUCAAUAGUUAUUAAAAAUAUUAGAAUUCACAGAUAUAAGACAUAUCAGACCAUUAUCCAUUUAUUUAUAUGUUCGAUAAGAUAAAAAAAUGGAUGUGACAACUGAUAUAACCCCAAUCAAAAGUCAAGAACAAAAUGAAGUCGAAACGACCGAACAAAAUAAUAUCACAACGAAUAAUAUAGAUAAUGAUAAUAAUGAAAUUGAAACGAAAACAAAGGUUAAAGUAUCCGAAACCGAUGUAGAAAAUAUAAAGACAGAUGUUGUUGUUGUUGCACAACCGAGUACAAGUGUAUCGUUAUUAGAAAAUCAAAAUCCAGAUGAACAUCAACCGUCUGAAACAAAUAAGAAUGUAGAAUUUCCGAAAAUUAAAGCGAAUGUAAAAAAUCGUCAUUUUCGUAGAAAAAAUACGUGGGUUGAUGAAUUAACUACCGAUGAUAGUGUAUCGAGUGCAUCUGAGAAAUCAGAUACGGCAGAUGAGAAUUAUUCUUUUAUAUGUGUCGAUACAACAAGAAAAAAAGAAAAUGAAAAUAGUGAAAAUAGAGAAACGGCAGAACCAGUUGUUACGGCAGAAGAACCAAGUGAUAAUAAUUCUGAUUGUUCAAUAUAUGAGUCAUCUUCAACAUCUGCUGUAAACACAUCGGACGAAUUUCCAGAAUUAGAUGAAUCAACAACAGAUAAUGUGGACUCACAACCAAUGCCUCCGUCUUACGCUAAAAUAUGUAAUCCAAAAUUACCACCAAAUUGGUAUGCUCUUCCAGAAAUAUUAAAACGUCAAACGGGCUACAGUGCCAAAUUAAAUGGCCAUAUACAAUUCCAACAACGUUAUUAUGGCUCGUUACAUGUUGCUCAACGUUUCGAAUUGGCAUCGAUGAUGGAAUACCAUGAUGGCUGUGUAAAUGCGUUAGGUUUUAAUCCGACGGGUAAUUUAAUUGCUAGUGCAUCGGAUGAUUUACGUGUUGUUAUUUGGGAUUGGGCAUUGGGUAGACGGAAAACCUCUUGGGUUACAAAACAUCGUAGUAAUGUCUUUCAAAGUAAAUUCUUAGCGUUGAGUUGUGAAAGUGAAUUGCAGUUGGUAACUAGUGCCCGAGAUGGACAAGUAUGGCUUUGGCAAUUAGGUCAGGAUGGUUUAAGAGGCUCCAGAAAAUUGGGACAACAUCGUGGGGCAUCACAUAAACUGACCUUAUUAUCCGAUCAACCUCAUAUCGUACUCAGUUGUGGAGAAGAUGCUUUGGUUUACAGUCAUGAUGUUCGAGCUACAAAACCUAACAAAGUAACUUAUGUGAUGAAUAAAGAGAAUAAAAAAAUUCCGUUGUACAGUAUUCACUCGAAUCCAUUAAAGUCAAACGAAUUUUGUGUUAGUGGCCAUGAUGAAUCCGUUGUAGUUUACGAUCAACGAUUUAUACCGAAAGAUGGUGCCUCAAUGAAAACAUUUCAAGCGAAAACUAAAGGGACUGAACGUCAUAUCACAGCGUCCGUUUAUAAUUAUUGUGGACGAGAAAUUUUAGCAUCAUACAACGAUGACGAUAUUUAUUUAUUCGAUUCAGAAUCACCUGGUGAUGAAGCAAUACACACAUAUCAAGGACAUCGUAACGGUGCUACCAUUAAAGGUGUUAACUUCUUUGGACCACGCUCCGAGUAUGUUAUAAGUGGAUCAGACUGUGGUAAUAUAUUUUUCUGGGAUAAACAAUCCGAGGGAAUUGUACAAUUUUUAUUAGCUGAUAAAGGAGUGGUUAAUUGUUUAGAACCACAUCCAUCGAUGCCAGUAUUAGCCAGCAGUGGUUUAGAUUCGGAUGUAAAAGUAUGGUUGCCAUCACGUGAAGAACCAAAUAAUAUGAAUGGCUUAUCAAAAACAUUUCUUGGUAAUAUUCGUGUAAGAAGUUUAAAUGCUUUCCACGAUCAUGAAGACAACAGAAUGAUUUGGAUGUUAUGGAGAGUUAUGCAACAAACACCACAUGGUGCAACAAUUUUCAGAAGACGACGAUCUGGUAGCCGUAACAGUGAUGAACAAGGUGGUGGGGGUGAUGAAGAAAGUAACAAUUUUUCGGAUAAUGAUGGUACUGGUACCGAUAACAGCUCUAAUACAUCUAGUACAUCUGAUACGGAUGAACAAGAUGGUAACGUCGAAUGUUUACCAUCGUAAUUGAUUCUUCAAAUACCUAAUAUUUUUCCCCUCUUUUUCUUUUCCUCUCUUUACAUCUAGUUAUUGAUUGCUAUUAAUUUUAUUUAUAAUUUAUUUAAAUGUAAAAUCCACAAGGAGAAGUAUAUAUUAUUAAUGUUAUUACAAAAACAAAAAAAUAUUAUUCAAAAGAUUAUUUAUCUCAUUUAAAAACAAUACAUUUUUUCCCCCAAUCUCGUAAAAUUCUAGGUUAAAUAUAAGUAAACUUGUGUACAUAUUACGUUUGUAAACAUUAUUAAAUCAG